AUGCUGCUUUUGGAGGCUGCUCAGCUGGCGCCGUGCCGCUACAUCGUUAUCGGGCCGACCAUCCUGGAGGCCUCCGCAGACCUGCGCGGCGGCCGGGCGGAGCUGAAGGUCACCCCGCGCCCAGCAGGCCCUCUUGUGACCCUGGCCUCCCCUGACAAGAGCUUCGAGGUUCACCUGCAAGCGGCGCUGGCAUCUGAAGCAACGCUCGGCGUCUCCGAGAAGACAGGACGAGGAACAUUACGAUUCCUGGGCAAGGACAAGCGACCUAUGCUUACCGUUGUUUUCAUGGGCGACGACGCCGACAGUCAUUUCGACGUGCUCUUUGGCCGGUGGGGUAGCUGCGUGCAGUUGAAUUGA